GGCCUGCGCUUUGCACCCCGGCAGAGGAGGUAGGCAAUGUGUAUGAGGUAGACGGUAAUAAUCGCACCAUUGCCGAACUAGCAAGUUUUUUUCUUUCUUCAUUUCCUUCACAGAAACACUCGAGUCUAAUUCCGACAUGAGGACCUAGCUAAGCCCAUAUUUCCUUUUAAGCGUACCUCUGCCAGCUGGCUGGCCCCGUUACCGUCAGCCGCCUAGCUUGUGUUCCGAGUUCGAAAGUAGCCAGCUUCUGCAAGCCCCCCUGCCACCCACGUCUUCGUCCCAUCAUGCCGUUCCCCUUUGGGAAGUCCCAGAAGAGUCCUGCAGACAUUGUGAAGAGUCUGAAGGAGAAUGUGGCCUACCUGGAAAAGCUCGAAGCCUCCGAGAGCAAGAAGUGUGAGAAGGUGUCGGAGGAGGUGUCCAAGAGCCUGUCCUCCCUGAAGGAGGUGCUGUGUGGCACGGGAGACAAGGAGCCCCAGACGGAAGCUGUGGCUCAGCUGGCCCAAGAGCUGUACAACACCAACUUGCUGAUCGCGCUCAUUGCCAACUUGCAGAGAAUCGACUUUGAGGGGAAGAAGGACGUGGUGCAGCUGUUCAGCAACGUGGUACGCCGGCAGAUCGGCACCCGCACGCCCACCGUGGAGUACAUCUCCUCCCACCCGCAGAUCCUCUUCAUGCUGCUGAAGGGGUACGAGAAGCCGGAGGUGGCUCUGAAUUGCGGCAUGAUGCUGCGAGAGUGCCUUCGUCACGAGCCCCUGGCCCGGAGCGUGCUCUUCUCCGAGGACUUCUACUGCUUCUUCCGCUACGUGGAGCUGUCCACCUUCGACGUGGCUUCAGAUGCAUUUGCCUCAUUUAAGGAUCUACUUACAAGACACAAGAUAAUGUGUGCAGAGUUCUUGGAAACAAAUUAUGACAGAGUCUUUACAGAAUAUGAGAAGCUCUUGCAUUCAGAUAAUUAUGUCACCAAACGUCAGUCUUUGAAGCUCCUGGGUGAACUCCUGUUAGACCGACACAACUUCACAGUCAUGACCAAGUACAUCAGCAGAGCUGAGAACCUGAAGCUCAUGAUGAACCUGCUGAGAGACAACAGCCGCAACAUCCAGUUUGAGGCCUUCCAUGUCUUCAAGGUGUUCGUGGCCAACCCCAACAAAACGCAGCCGGUUCUGGACAUCCUGCUGAAGAACCAAACCAAGCUGGUGGAGUUCCUGGGCCACUUCCAGACGGACCGCUCUGAGGACGAGCAGUUCUGCGAUGAGAAGAACUACCUGAUCAAGCAGAUUCGGGACCUCAAGAGGCCGCAAGCACAGGAAGAUGCGUAGAUGUUAAGGGAUAGUCGCGUCUGGGGUGGGAGUGGGUGAUGAGCCAGGAAAACGUGUUAUGGAAGAAGAAAGAGCCAGAAGAAAAAAGGCAUACAUCUUACACCUGGCCUUUGAUGUGGGGAAAAUGGCAUAGCUUCCCUGCCCCAUGGUCCUCUGCCCCCUGAGCAUUUUCAGCCGGGUUAUUUUUUUUUCAGAACAAGUGGGGCAUCGCUUCCCUCCGUACAUAACAAAUUAACAGUAUGGAGUAAGGCUGAUAUACGGCUCGUCAAGCAGCUAGAGAUAUACAAUAACAAACUGGUCUGGCCUGCAUUCUGCAUCUGUGUUUGUUCUAUUUUUCAAUAAUAGGGCACCAGCCUAGCCUCCCUCUAAUCAUCUUUUUCUCAUGAGUUUGUUGUGACCUCCUAAUGGAAUUGAGUGGCAAUUCCACAGGACACAGCAAACCUAGAUACAUGUAAAAUCCCAGAGCAGGUCGCCUGAGGAACAGAGGGGCAGACAGUGUGGAAUUUUAAAUCCUUGUUAAGAUUCUCUGAUGCUGUCGUCGUAGGGAGUGGGAUUAAACGUGAGGCCUUUUCAUUCCCUACACUCUUUAUGUCGUGCUACACUUGAGGUGUCAUUCCGUAAUAUAUGGACUGGUGUAUUAUUAUUUAAGAGGGCUCCUUUUCUUUCCCCUCCCCGUGGAUGCUUUUGUAAGGAAAGUACGAGAUUCACAAUGUAUACAGUUGUGCUAUGCGUAGCUUGGAAAAGCAGUUGUAUUUUUGUCUAAGGAUUUUAUUAAGUUUUAUCAGAGGUAUAGCAGUAGUUCUGUGUCCGUCCGCAUAAUGCCAAUGGAAUGUGUGUGAAUACCAGUAACAUCUAUUAGUAGCUAUACUGCUAGAGGCCAUGAGCUGUAGUUGAGAGUGCUGAUAUGAAUGCUCUUAGCUGGAAACAGCACCGUGAGCGUCUCUCUAGCCCCGUUCACUUUCACUAUGGCUUUCAGUCCUUUGCUCUGAGCCUGAGUAGGUCCCUCUUGUAGUUGUGGAUCUCCUGUUCAGGGUUUGUGGCCAGCACAACUCAAGUGUGUGCUGGACCCUGGGAGACUCUCCCACUCAGCUUACUGCCAAUCUAGACAUGCAGCUCCUGCUUUACGUACGUCGAUCCGCAGCGCCUUAAUCUGUUUGUGCGAAACACAGACUGGGGAGAAAAUAGUUUUGCUGAACUGGUGUCUUAAGAUUUCCUUGUCACCUGCUCGCACAAGGCUGUCUAAAUACCUCAGAAUUGUCUGAUUUAUUAUUAAAAUGUUUUAUCCUAGUUACAAGCAGAAGUUCACAAAAAUGUAUGCUGAAGAUUAAAUGUAGUGUGUUUCCAUCUUCCUCCUUUAUAAAAACACUUUGAAUGAACAUCCUUUUAUAUUUUUAAUAUUUCAAUGAAGCCCUGAAUGUUUGCACAGGGGAAGCACCGGAUGCAAAGUGCAACCAAAUAAAUGUUAUGAACAAUCAUUAAAGUCGA